AUGGGGAACUUGAAUUCUAGCGAAGGUGUCCAGUUGCGCUUCUUAGACGGAUGCCCUGAGAUCCCGCAAGCCCCUGCAGAAGAUCAAGUUCAGCUCCAAUUCGACGAGCUCCUGCUCUCUGCUUGCGCUGAUGCUGAGAUCCGCGACGAGUUGAAUGCAGCAGAAUCAAUUCAGAGCAAGUGGGUGUAUGCUUUUCUGAGCAAACUUCCACAAGGCAGCGUCGCGGAGGAAUGGUUGGAUCCACGUGAGUGUGUGGAGCUUGUACGACGUUCCCGCAGCGAUAUGAAAUGUGUACACGACCUCUACCUGGCUAUUCGGGUAAACAUUAUGAUCAGAUCUGGUGCGUGGCUCGAGAAAUUUGUCUCGGAGAACGGAAUCGAAGAACUGGCGGCCCCUUUACAAGUUCCCGGAGGUGCUUCAGUGGACAUGUGCAACGAAAUAAUCAGCACCCUAUUCGUACUCGCCAACAACAACAAUUGUAUCUCGGCUCUCCUGAAGAUUUCUGAAUGCUGCCCGAUGCUGUAUUUGCUCUUUAAUUCCUCCUCUUGGAGCGAAAUUAAGGUGCGCUCUCUAAACCUUUUGGGAAUACUUUGUCGCCAAAGCGCGAUGGCUCAAGACGCGAUAAUGAACGCGUUCUCGUCUAAAAGUCUGGAGAAUCAGUCGCUCCAACCGUUGGUCUCCAAACUUGAACAGAAUCAGUCGGACAUUGCUCUCCAGCUUGCUGCGGUAAAGUUUGUGAACGCCUUGUUAGACACUCGCGAUAAGAAGAAACGAGCAUCAAUUUGCGAAGAUCUCAAGACAAAUGGGUAUCUCAGUCUGCUUGAACCGUACAAAACUCAUGAUGAUGACGCUAAGACACAAUCUCCACUCAUGGCGUCAAUGAUUGCCCAAGUCGAAAUGUUUUACGAUAAUUACGGUGAAUCUGCACAGGAUGGCAAACUGGGAGCCUUACGACUUGCACUCGGCGAUGCGUUGAAUGCCAACCUAAAUGGUCUGGAACAAUCAAGUCAGAUUAGUCGGAAGGAUAGCUUUACGACAGGUAACCAAGGCGAAAACGACGAGGCUGGAGAAGCCACAAAUCCUGAACAACAAAUAGACGAGAGAAGUGUGAGUGUGUCGGCGUCACAGUGCACAACCAGUACCACAGAAAACUCACUGAAACAAGCUAAUGAGACUUCCAAAGGUCCUGCUGUGAUCAAGGAAACCCUUGCGCCUUCGAGUGAUGCUAAACUAAAGCAAACUGGGACGAAUUCUAGCAUUGCGGCCUCACCUUCAGAGUAUUCCACGCUCGAUAACAUUCUCAGUCAACUUCAGCAGAAUACGAAGAACCUGGACCAUCAGACUAAUGAAAAGCUAAUCAAUCUCCUGCAAAAGCUAGCGUUGACGCUAUCGGACGAAACUGGUGCUAGCAGAGCUGUUGAUCUCCUGGAUAAGAGCUUGUCUACAACUCAAAGCCCAGAAGGAACGACAGAACCGACAGCUGAAGCGAAACCACCAGCUGAGGCAAAAGCUAACCAGGAACCAGAUUUACUAACGCGCGUGGGUUUAGCGUUGUUUCCGAGCAUGGGUGAACCAUCAUUAUCCGUGAUGAAGCCAUCCUUAUCCGUUACCAAGCCACCUCUAUCUGGACGCCCUCCCUUAUUCUCUGGUUUCGGGGAUUUCUCGCUGCCAUCAUUGUCUGCUUCAACUCCCACGAAAAGCUCCGUCUCCAAACCAUCACUUACCAGUUUUAUUGGAGCUGACAAUGCUGCAAGACCCACCGAUUCACCUGCAGCCAGAGGGACCAAAAUAUCCUUGCCAUUUUUCCAGAGUUCGAGGAAAGGACCUGGACUCGGUGUGACACCAGCUUGUACGCCAAUUGCCACUGCUAGCGUUCGCAAAGAUGCAAAGCGGCCUGUAUUCCCUUCAUUCCCGUCCCCUACUCGCAAGGAAACAUCCAAAAUUCCACCUUCGAAACCUCAAAGCUCAGAGACUGCACCAGUUAAAGCAACGGUUGCUCCUCCCGUCCCAGCCUUACCUCCGAUUGAUAUCGCCCCAGUGAUUCAACCUUUGGAGGUGGUAAAGCCACUGGUGAUCGAAUCGGAAUCUACUGAUAAUUCCAAUGCAAUUAAGGCUCCAGUCUCCGAAACGGACAUUUCUAAGUUUCGUAAACUCUUGUCGAUGGGGGCACCUCGUGAAGCUGUACGUGCAAAAAUGCAACAAGCUGGAGUAAACCCAGAUCUACUCGACGAGCAACAGGGCUUUACUCCAAAGGCAUCACCAAAGCCGCUGGAGAAAGCGACACCUCAAGUCUCUAAGGAUUUUCAUGGACCUGACGUGUCCAAGUCGCUUGAAGCGGUCAAGGCGAAAAUAAGCCAGGCAGCUAAUUUACUGGACCAGAAGGAGACUUCAGUCGAAGCCAGAAAGCCCACACCCACACCUCCACAACAAGAAACAGCAUCUGGUGCAGACGUUGCCAAAUUCAAGAAGUUACUCUCGAUGGGGGCACCUCUAGCUGCUGUGAAAGCCAAGAUGACUCAAGCUGGAUUGGACCCAGCAUUACUUGACAGUCCAAGUUCUAAGCCAACUUCAGCUGUUCCAACUUCUACUCCAGCGAAAACGAAAGUAAAAGAUGAUCCCAGCUAUGCCAAGUUCUUCAAACUGCUGUCCAUGGGGGCCCCUGCUGCUGCAGUGAAAGCAAAAAUGGUCCAAGCUGGUCUGAAUAGUGAUCUUUUGGAUACUCCAGACGCCGAGAUGCCGACGAAUGGAACAUCUUCUGCCUCCACAUCGCCCCCCGAAGCUCAAUCCAAUCCUCGUGCUUUGCUUUCGAAUAUGAUAUCAAGUCGUGCAGCGCCUCCAACUGAACCUCAAACUAAGGUGAAAGACGACCCCCAGUACGCAAAGUUCUUCAAACUAUUGUCGAUGGGUGCUCCUGCUGAGUCUGUCAAGGCUAAGAUGCAGAUGGCAGGGCUCCAACCAGAGCUUUUGGAUACUCCUGACGCCCCGUUAAGGCCUAUAUCAAGCGAGCCCACCGGUCCAGCAUCGCAGUCUCAAGUCAAAGUAAAAGACGAUCCAUCUUAUGCUAAAUUCUUCAAGUUACUUUCAAUGGGAGCUCCAGCCGAGUCAGUGAAAGCAAAAAUGAAAAUGGCAGGCCUUAACCCCCAUUUAUUGGACACUCCCGAUGCCACGAUGCCCAAUGCUAAUGCCCCUGCUGAAGCUGCUAAAGCUACAGUGAAAGUGAAAGACGAUCCAGAGUAUGCCAAGUUUUUCAAGCUUCUUUCUAUGGGUGCACCUGCUGAAUCUGUGAAAGCUAAAAUGCAAAUGGCUGGACUAAAACCAGAACUUCUUGAUACCCCCGACGCCGAUUUACCCAGUGGCAAUAACCAAGCUGCUGCUCCAUCUCAACAAGUAAAGGUUAAAGAUGAUCCUGCGUAUGCAAAGUUCUUCAAGUUGUUGGAAAUGGGGGCACCAGCUGAGAGUGUCAAGGCUAAAAUGAGAAUGGAAGGACUACAAGGAGAUCUCCUUGAUACACCCGACGCGUUCUUACCCAGUGCAGCACCCGCUACUCCGAAACAUCCUUCAGCUCCAACCUCAACAGCAGCACGUAGAGCUCAUCUAUCUAUCGCGAUCAAGCCUGCCAGCAAGGCGAAAACCAGGUCUUUCUAUUGGCAGCAACUGAAGGCUGAAGCGAUCAAAGGAACGAUUUGGGAAGAGCUCGAUAAGGAGCACAGUAAUCAGAGCAACCAAGACCUCUUUACGCUUACAGACAGCGAAUUGGAGUUACUGGAGUCCGAGUUCCCACCACCAGCUGCUAGUGGGCCAGGAACUGGCACUCGACGUGGAGUUAUGAGUGGCCUCUUAUCGCCAGGAGGUCCUGCUUCUCCUGUAACCUCACCUAGAAUUGUGUUCUUGAUCGACCGUGCGCGGUCCAACAACAUUUCGAUCAUUGUCAAGCAGUUCAGGAUGAGCAACGCAGCUCUACGAGUGGCAAUCAUGAAGAUGGACUCAGAAGUGCUAACUCUCGAUCGAGUCCAGGGGUUGAUCAAAAUUCUGCCUACAGAGGAGGAAAUCGCUGCAAUCACGGGGUUUAGUGGAGACCCGACGACGCUCAACGGGGCCGAAUUGGUCUUGAAAGAACUCAUCACUGUACCAAGACUAAAACAGAGGCUUUCAGCAUUGGAAACUAAGCAUCAAUUCCCUGCCUUAGUGCGAGAUCUCCAGACCAAAAUCAACAAGAUUCGAGUGGCUAGUAACGAGAUAGCACAGAGUGCCGACCUCAAGACUAUUCUACUGGUAAUUCUUCAAGUCGGGAACAAAAUGAACCAGGGCACUGCUCGAGGAGAAGCCAAGGGCUUCCGGUUGAAUGAUCUGACGAAGCUGGUGCAGCUCAAAUCUGUUGACAAGUCCGUCACUCUGCUGCAUUAUGUGGCACGGAUGAUUCGAAUGAAGAAAAGCAAUGUGGUUCGAUUGGGAGACUCGUUAGCGUCGCUAUAUGAUGUCCAGAGUAUCUCGAUCCCGGAGCUCCAAGGUGACAUGAACAGGAUCAGCGAUAUCACUGAAAGUAUCAACGUUGAACUAGCAGCUCAACGUCUGAAGAACAGGAUUGAGGAGAAGGAAGAGAAUGAUUUAUUCGUCGAGUCCAUGACUGUAUUUGUGGAUGAGGCCUCUAAGGACGUCACUACUUUAAAGAAGGAUCUGGACGACACGUUGCGGUUGAUGCGAGAUAUUAUGCUGCGGUUUGAAAAGAGCACGGAUGAAGAGGAAGCUGCUGCUCCUGCACCUGACACUCCACUCACACCGGCAGUUUUAUCGGGAGCGGGAGAAUUCUUUAGUAUCAUUUAUGAAUUUACUAUGGCACUCACGAAAGCAGACCGCGAGAACGAACUGAAGCGGAUUCGCGACGAAAAACGACUGAAGCAGCAGGAACUCAGGGCCGCAACACCUCGGAGGAAUGCUGGCGAUCGUGCUGCGCUGACCAGAUUUAAAGGGAAGACAGAAGCUACAGGAACGUCCAAUAACCCGGUGACUACGGCUGAUGAUAGCGUGAAGUCUGGAGCGGAACCUGAAACUUUAACACCAAACAACGCCACCAAGACACCAGAAACUGAUGCAGAGAAAACGAAAUCUUCAACAUCGGCAAGCGAGGACCAGGUGGUUGCCGAAGUAGGUGUGGAGGAGAAGGCGGUGCCUGAGCUUACAGGAAUUCCAAAUACCGCACUCAAGAUUCCUGGAAUUGUCAAGGUCUCAGCUCUACCGAGUGUCCCUGCUUCGCCACUGAAGAAGGUCGUUGGAGGAAUGCCUACUGGUAUUCCUAGUCCAAUGAAGCUGAAGUGGACUAAUUCUUUAGCUUCGCCCACUGGAAAGAGCGCAAAUCGUGUGGUUCCUUUCGAUGCCGCCUCACUCAACGAAAUCAAGUCCAAGUUGAAAACUAAACACGCGACCAACAAUGAGCCCCAGAUGCGUGGGUCGAAACCUGAAGUUGAAGGCGAUGGUGACAAUCAAGACAACAAUAACAAUGAACCUGCCACACCAGAGAAGACUCUAUCGGAAGUGGAGCCUUCUGCUCGCGUAGCCGUAGAAUCCGAUGCAUAA